UUUAGAUAAACUGCGUACGCUCACGUUUGUUUUCAGCGCGUUGCUUAGUGUGUUUACCGGCGUGAUGGUAGUAAGAGUCGCAGACUAGAUGAGAGGCAGUGCAACAGUCACUUGGGUUUAAGUCUGGACACACGUACAGGACAGGACAGGACAGGACAGCUCUACAUUAGAGAUGACCACAAAGAGGGAAUUGGCGGCCGCAUCAAAGAGGACUUGCUUUCGUUUGGAUGACUUCAUUGCAGGAUGGAUUGGCGGGGCGUCCAGUGUGGUUGUGGGUCAUCCUUUAGAUACAGUGAAGACCCGUUUACAAGCAGGAAAGGGCUAUAAGAACACCUUGCACUGUGUCCUCACCAUUUAUAGGAAGGAAACGGUCGCUGGGUUUUUCAAGGGCAUGUCUUUCCCCCUGGCCAGCAUCACUGUGUACAACUCAAUGGUGUUUGGCUUCUUCAGCAACACCCAGAGACUCAUAAGCAAGUGUCGCUAUGGUGAUGGACGGCAUCCCUGUGGCAUGCUGGACCUGACCAUGGCCAGCAUGCUGACUGGACUGGUGUCAGUCGGAAUGGGAGCCCCUGUGGACCUCGUCAAGAUCAGACUGCAAAUGCAGACACAGCCUGUCCUAGCAGAAAACCUCCACCUUGCCAGCAACACAUCAAGCAGUGCCAGCAUUCCCCUGCACACCGUCGACAUCCCGGGCCAGAGAACCUACCGUGGCCCCAUCCACUGCAUUAGCAACAUCCUGCAGACCGAGGGCAUCCAGGGACUGUACAGGGGCGGCGGGGCCAUGCUUAUGAGGGACGUCCCUGGCUAUGUGCUCUACUUCAUCCCCUACACCAUAUUCUGCGACCUGCUGAACCCUGACGGCAAGGCCAACCCUCACCCUGGCUCCAUCUGGCUGGCGGGAGGACUGGCAGGGUCCAUCUCUUGGGUAACAGCGACCCCGGCUGAUGUGGUAAAGAGCCGAAUGCAGGCUGACGCUCAGCUACAAAGGAAGUACAAGGGAAUGCUUCAUUGCAUCAUACAUAGCUACAGGAGCGAGGGACUGCAGGUUUUCUUCCGUGGUGCAUCAGUGAACGCCAUCCGAGGCUUCCCAAUGAGUGCAACCAUGUUUCUGGGCUAUGAACUCUCUCUCAAAUUUUUCAGGAGCUUUUAACAGUCAGCAGCAUCUCUCCAUCAUUAUAGGCCUGUGGAGCACAGACAGUUUUACUUUUAAAAGAUUUCAGUGAGUUUUGGGAAACGGCCUCAACCUGCAAAGUCAGCAACAAUAGAAUUAGUAGCUAACUUACUCACUGUCAAUAGCGCAUUUAGUGAAUAGUGAGCUACAGGGCAACACACUUUGGAGUUAUGCUAUGGGAGCUCAUGCUAUGUGCUUUAGCAUACACAGUGUGAGCUUUGCCAUGAAUGGUUGUGAGCAAGGAAAGCUUUGACACAAAGGAACAAAAGCACUGCUAAUAUUCUCUUUAGUCAGUCGAAAGAGGAUGGGCAACGAUUGUUGGAAAAUUUGUCCAUAUAACUCGGUCUUUUCUUAUCAGAUCCUCUUAUAAUUGCGAAACCAGGGUUGGCCUCCCAUUGUCUAUAAUGUGUGUGUGUGUGUGUGUGUGUGUGUGUGUAUUCCCAGAAGGGCUCUAUUGUUGAGGUGGUAACACUUAAAAAAUGUCCUUAUGUCAAUAUGCAAAGAACUUCCAAAAACACUUUUUCAGCCAUGUGAAAAGGGCUAACAAAAUGACCAAUGGUUCAAAAUUGUGGCUGUUUUAAAGAAAAGUAGUUAAUAUCUUUACAGAUUAGAUUCGCUAGUUUGAUACAUUUCUGGUCAAGUUUUUUUUUUCCUCUAAAUUUUAUUUGUUGUUUUUCACAUUAACCAUCCCAUGUAAAUAUAAAUAUGAACAAACAAAUCAUAAAUAUAAAUAAAUAAACAUAUGGCAGCAUGGUGACCCAGGGGUUAGCACUGUUGCCUCCCAGCAAGAAGGUCCUGGGUUCAAACCCGAGACCGUCCCAGGUCAUUUCUGUGUGGAGUUUGCAUGUUCUCCCUGUGUCUGUGUGGCUUUCCUCCGGGUGCUCCGGUUUCCUCCCACCAUCAAAAAGACAUGCAUGUUAGGGUUAAUACUCCUGUCUGUGCCCCUGACCAAGACAAUUGAAAGAAGAGCUGGAGUUGGUCCCCGGGGUGCUGCAGCUGCCCACUACUCCUAUACAAUAGGAUGAGUUAAAUGUAGAGAACAAAUUUCCCCACAGGGAUUAAUAAUGUGUGUGUGUG